AAAUUAGAAGAUAUUUAAAGCCGCCGGCGCCAGGCGUAGAUCCCUGCCCCACGCCGUCCGGCCCCUUUCACUGAGUUCAUCAGUCCUAGCGGAAGCGCCGCCAGCAUGUCUGAAAAACUGCCCUACAAAGUCGCGGACAUUGGACUGGCUGCCUGGGGACGAAAGGCCCUGGACAUAGCCGAGAACGAGAUGCCCGGUUUGAUGCGUAUGCGGGAGAUGUACUCGGCGUCCAAGCCACUGAAGGGUGCCCGCAUUGCUGGCUGCCUGCACAUGACUGUGGAGACUGCCGUCCUCAUUGAGACUCUCGUGGCCCUGGGUGCUGAGGUGCGGUGGUCCAGCUGCAACAUCUUCUCCACGCAGGACCAUGCAGCAGCUGCCAUUGCCAAGGCUGGCAUUCCAGUGUUUGCCUGGAAGGGUGAGACGGACGAAGAGUACCUGUGGUGCAUUGAGCAGACACUGCACUUCAAAGACGGCCCCCUCAACAUGAUUCUGGACGAUGGUGGCGACCUCACCAACCUCAUCCACACCAAAUACCCGCAACUUCUGUCAGGCAUCCGAGGCAUCUCUGAGGAGACCACGACUGGGGUCCACAACCUCUACAAGAUGAUGGCCAAUGGGAUACUGAAGGUGCCUGCCAUCAAUGUCAAUGAUUCUGUCACCAAGAGCAAGUUUGACAACCUCUAUGGCUGCCGGGAGUCCCUCAUAGAUGGCAUCAAACGGGCCACAGAUGUGAUGAUUGCGGGCAAGGUGGCAGUGGUAGCAGGCUAUGGUGACGUGGGCAAGGGCUGUGCCCAGGCCCUGAGGGGUUUUGGGGCCCGAGUCAUCAUCACCGAGAUUGACCCCAUCAAUGCACUGCAAGCUGCCAUGGAGGGCUAUGAGGUGACCACCAUGGAUGAGGCCUGUAAGGAGGGCAACAUCUUUGUCACCACCACAGGCUGUGUUGACAUCAUCCUUGGCCGGCACUUUGAGCAGAUGAAGGAUGAUGCCAUUGUGUGUAACAUUGGACACUUUGAUGUGGAGAUUGACGUGAAGUGGCUCAAUGAGAAUGCUGUGGAGAAGGUGAACAUCAAGCCCCAGGUGGACCGCUAUUGGCUGAAGAAUGGGCGCCGAAUCAUCCUGCUGGCUGAAGGCCGACUGGUCAACCUGGGUUGUGCCAUGGGCCAUCCCAGCUUUGUGAUGAGCAACUCCUUCACAAACCAGGUGAUGGCACAGAUUGAGCUGUGGACCCACCCAGAUAAAUACCCCAUUGGGGUUCACUUCUUGCCUAAGAAGCUGGAUGAGGCAGUGGCCGAAGCCCACUUGGGCAAGCUGAAUGUGAAGCUGACCAAGCUGACUGAGAAGCAGGCCCAGUAUCUGGGCAUGCCCAUUGAUGGCCCCUUCAAGCCUGAUCACUACCGCUACUGAGAGCCGGGACUGCCCUUCACCUUCCAGCUGCCAUCCUUGGUCCAGGCCCUGCUUCUUUCCCAAGAGCACAUGUCACCAGCUUCGCAGUUGCUUCACCAAUGUUGUCCAUGGGGCUGGUUACUGUCUUUGGCUUCUGUUGUGUCCUUCAUACGGUUCCAGGUGUGGCAAGGGGAACUGAGAGUCUCCAGUCAGGAGCCAUCCACAGGGGACAUGAGCCUUGGAAGCCUUGAGGCUGGAUGCGGCUAGUGGUGGUCACAAGCCCACGCACUUUACCAUCCAGGCUCUUACUUGGUCUUUAGAUCUGUGUGCUUGGUUUCUCAGCCUGGGACCAGAGAAGGCGCUCUACCAGAGAGUGGGAACCACUGGAGCUGGAAGGUUCCUCAGAGCUUGGCUUAUUUACCAUUGGGCCGUCUUUUUAAAUCUCAGAAUACUGAGGUUGGUACUUUUGGUCCCUAUUUCACAGGGGUGAGAAUUAAGAGAUAAUUAACCAAGAAGGGACAGGUGACAGCUGGAGGUUAAA